CCUCAAAUUAGUCAUCUCUUAGUCAUCCAGUCACAUGACAUUUAUAAGAUCAACAGGUAUUCGACAGCCAGACAGAGACAACCAGCAGCAACCAAGACAUGUCUGCAUCCACGUCUGCUUCACAGGCUUAUGACCGCGAGUCGCAGAACGACCGGCGGUUGAAUGACCUGGCCUCGAAGCUGUCGACGUUGAGGCAGGUUACGACUGAUAUCAACACCCAGGCCUCUGAUAGUUCGUUUAUUCAGUCAUCUACCGAAGCCUUCUCAAACCUCACCGCGUCGAUAAAACACUCAUCGCAACGCCUCUCGAGAUCGACCGGUGUCUCUCUUCCGAUCUACAAAACAGUCUUUUUGAUUCUCGCCGUGAUCUUUGUUGUGUAUUUUGUUUAUAGGCUUGUGUAGUGCAGAGCAGACUGUCUGCAGUCUGCUGCUGGAGGUCUGUAGAGAAUAGCAGGAUGCUGUGGUGUAUACUUACUUACUUGGACUUGGCGCUGGGUGCA